GACGUAACUCUCCUCAGGGCUGUGACGCCGCAGCAGGAAGCAGGAAGCAGCUUUAGCAGAAGGUAGCGUUAGCCUCUUUAGCUCCUGUCCGGCGGCAGGACGGAUCUAUAAUGUUAAAAUCACUUCAGUGUAAACUGCAGGACAGCUAACAGCUAACAGCUAACAGCUAUCGUUAGCGGCUAACGACACACCGCGCCCGGACGGAGGGGUGAUCGACAUGAGCAGCACUGCUCAAAGGAAGAGGAGGACAACAGGAACUCCGCUGCUUUCCAGAGCUAACGCUAAGAGCAGCAGGACGGCCGCCGCCAGCAGGACGGUCGCCGCCAACAGGACGGCCCACCCGGCUCCGCCCACAGAGACCAUCGACGUGCUGGACGGCACCGCAGGCAGUGAGGAGGAUGUAGUGGACCUGACCUGUGAGGGAUCAGAGCCGGCUGCUGUUGUUGAUCUGACCAACAACGACUCAGUGGUGGUCGUCGAUGAAGGUCCUCAGAGGCAGAGCGGUGGCGAGAGCUACAUCGUCUGCAGUGAUGAAGACGAAGAGGAAGACUCCCGCACCGUCCUCAACGCCGCCGUGCUGUCCUCGCUGCACGCCAGCAGCUCAGCCAGAGUGGCCCCAGGGACGAUCAGCUGUCCGGUCUGUAUGGACUGUUACUCUGAGAUCGUGGACUCGGGCCGGCUGGUGGUGUCCACCAGGUGCGGCCAUGUGUUCUGCAGCCAGUGUCUGCGGGACGCCCUGUCGCAGUCGCACAGCUGUCCCACCUGCAGGAAGAAGCUGACGCCCCGGCAGUACCACCCCAUCUACAUCUGACCCGCGCGGGACUUUCCUUUAAUUUGAUAUCCGAGGCGGGACGUCCCGUCCGCGGCGAGCGGCGCGGUCUCCGGCGGCCAAUCGCAGCUGUGCGUUCACUUUUUUUUCCUUUUUGAAAAUGAGGCGAGUUUGUGUUUUGCCGGGCCGUCCCGCCAGCCGCCGCUCGGCCUGAGGACCACUGGACUGUUUUGUACGAUUUUAAGUUGUUGCUCUCUUGGCUGUAAAUGAUGAUGCUGUUAAAGUGAAUAAAAUUUAUUGGAAUCUA